AUGAUCAGGCUCACAGUCACCCCGAAGAUAUCCCUUGCUGAUGAACCACUGAAAAUCCAGGUCUCUGGCUUGCCCCCCUCCCAGCUGGUGACCCUCCAAGCCUCUCUGACCGAUGAGAAAGGGCUGUUCUUCUACUCCCAAGCACUCUACUGGUCAGAUGAGGCUGGCGAGGUGGACCUGGAGCGGGCUGCUGCCACUGGAGGGGAUUACGUUGGUGUGCAGCCCAUGGGUCUGUUUCAGUGCCUGAAGCCAGAAAAGCUGUUCCAUAGGCUGAUGAAGCGGGAUGUGAUGCAGAGUCCCUUCCGGGUUCGCCUGGACUUGUUCGACUCAUAUCACCCCAUGUUUUCCUCACCCCGCGAUCAGCCUGCAGCCAGCCAGACUGUGGAGAGGUGGUACGUGGCACCCGGAGUACAACGGGUCCAGAUCAGGGGCAGCAGAGUCCGCGGAGCCCUCUUCCUCCCUCCAGGGGAAGGUCCUUUUCCAGGGCUGAUUGACAUGUUUGGUCUCGUGGGUGGACUCACUGAAUUCCGAGCCAGCCUCCUUGCCAGUCGUGGCUUUGCUGCACUGGCCCUAGCAUACUUUGCGUAUGAAGACCUACCCAGUUUUCUAGAUGAGGUGGAUCUGGAAUAUUUUGAAGAAGCUGCCAACAUACUCUUGGAACAUCCAAAGGUGGGAGGGGCAGGAGUUGGUGUGGUUGCAAUCUGCAAAGGUGCUGAGAUUGCACUGGCAAUGGCAACGUUCCUACCACAGAUCACAGCCACAGUUUGCAUUAACGGGACCAAUGCCAUCCACGGGACUGCGCUGCGCUACCGUGAUCUCCACAUCAGUCCAAUACCUUACAAAUUUGAGUGUGUGCGGUUCACACCUCUGGGGCUGUUCUCUUUCUUCAGUGUCAUUGGGGACACUCGAGCAGAGGCAAAUCAAGGUAGCAUCAUUCCUGUUGAAAAGGCCCAGGGUCAGCUCCUCUUGGUGGUGGGAGAAAGUGACCAGAACUACAACAGCAAAGCAUAUGCUGAGGAAGUGAUGGAGAGGAUGAGGAGACAUGGGAGAAAGAACUCCACUCUGCUGUCUUAUCCAGGCGCUGGGCACCUGAUAGAGCCCCCGGGGUCCCCGUUCUGCCUCUGCUCACGGAACCCCUUUGUCGUCUUGCCCUGGAUGUGGGGAGGCGAAGCCCAACCCCAUGCCGCCGCACAGGAACAUUCUUGAGAGAUCCAAAAAUUCCUUUGGCACCACCUGUGCCCAACAGGAAGCAGCAAACUCUGA